CAGCCAGCCUGUUGGACAUGAACUUCACAUCCCAGAUGUCAGUUGGAGGUGGUGGCUAUCCUAAAGACAGCUUUAGCACCGCCUUGACCAAGAACAUUGUGGCCAUGCUGGUGUGGCUGGCCCUAAGUUUUAUCAACGUAAGUAUGGUCCACACCUUCCUCAAGCAUAACUUUUUCUAUGAGGACCCGCGCUACAUCAUGUUCAUCUAUAUGGUCAUAAAUGACGCCCUGCAGCUCACCCUGGUAACGGCACUGUACGUAGUCAGCUACAUUUUCCUCAAGAUAAAUGCUUCCGUGUGCUGCCUGCUGGUGAUGACUGCCGUUUUGACCACACGCUCCACCCCUCUCAUAUUAGCCGGUAUGGCCGUGGAGCGCUACCUGUCUAUCUGUUUCCCCUUACACUACGGGCACACAUGCACGGUGUCACGCACCAUUGCCCUCAUCGUGGUCAUCCUGUUCUUAACGGUGGCCGUGCCUCUCACUGACCUCCUGGUCACACUCAUCAAAGAGCCCCUGGGCUUCUUUCACACCUCCAUCUUCUGCGAUCACUCCCUCAUCUUCCGGGACCGCUCCAUCUACUACAAGAACGCUGUGUUUGACAGCAUCUAUUUUUCCUUUGUGACGCUCACGCUGCUUUACACUUAUUGUAAGAUCAUGCUAACGGCACAUGCUGCCUCCACGGACCUGGUGUCCAUAAAGAGGGCAAGGAAUACAGUGCUACUCCACGGGGUGCAGCUGCUGCUGUGCAUGCUGGCUUUUGUAGUCCCCUCUCUGCAAGCAGCCCUCAUCGCUCUCUUCCCACAGUUUGUCCUGGAGAUCCGUUACAUCUUUUUCCUGCUGGUCUACAUCAUCCCACGAUUCCUCAGCCCCAUGAUCUACGGUUUCAGGGACGAGAAGUUCCGCAAAUACUGGGCAAGGUACCUGACGUGUCGUAGGAACAAUAUAUCUAGAUUGUGGCCAGCUAUGAAAGUGAAUCUCGAGUUCAGGUGAUAGGAACAUUUUGCUUGAAUUCUGGGAAAAAAUAUAGAAUAUGAAGUAUUGCAUGUAGUGAUGGGUGAAAAAUGUGGGCGUUCUUGUCAGUGACAUACGGUUGUAGUCGGAAGUUUACAUACACUUAGGUUGGAGUCAUUAAAACACGUUUUUCAACCACUCCACACAUUUCUUGUUAACAAACUAUAGUUUUGGCAAGUUGGUUAGGACAUCUACUUUGUGCAUGACACAAGUAAUUUUUCAAACAAUUGUUUACAGAGAGAUUAUGUAACUUAUAAUUCACUGUAUCAGAAUUCCAGUGGGUCAGAAGUUUACAUACACUAAGUUGACUGUGCCUUUAAACAGCUUGGAAAAUUCCAGAAAAUUAUAUCAUUACUUUAGAAGCUUCUGAUAGGCGAAUUGAUAUCAUGUGAGUCAAUUGGAGGUGUACCUGUGGAUGUAUUUCAAGGUCUACCUUCAAACUCAUUGCCUCUUUGCUUGACAUCAUGGGAAAAUCAGCCAAGACCUGAGAAAAAAAUUGUAGACCUCCACAAGUCUGGUUCAUCCUUGGGAGCAAUUUCCAAACACCUGAAGGUACCACGUUCAUCUGUACAAACAAUAGUACGCAAGUAUAAACACCAUGGAACCACGCAG